GUUCAAAAUUGUGCCAAUACACCACAGAGUACUUUGUAACGUACUGUGCCAAUAUUUGGCUUUGGCUCGAAGAAGAGUAUAUCAAGUGUGUUCUGUUCUGUGGCCAAAAGUUGCAUUCUGUAUUAUUUAGUUUUGUUAAAUGUUUCUCUUAUAAUCAUAAAACUUCAGUUUUAGUCGUUUGAGAUAAACGAUGACUGAUGAGUAUGCAGCUGUUAAAAAAAGGAAGUUGGUUUUGAAGGGAGAAAAACCUAAAGCAAAAAAGCGCAAGCACAAGAAAGGUGACAAAGAGGAUGUAGCCAAGGUGGACGAGGACUGUAUGAGGCAUGGCGGCUGGUGGAGAGUGACAGCAGCUGAGGAGAUCACUGGCUCAAUAGCCAUUGAGUUUGGCAGAAACACCUAUGUCUCUGCUCUAGAUAAUGGUUUAUUCACAAUAGGGGCACCGCACGAUGAUGGAGAUGGGCCAUCUCCGGAAGAGAUAUUUACAGCAUUCCCCGCUGGAGACAAUAAGUUUGCCCUCAAAUCGGGCUACGGCAAAUACCUUGGGGUCACCAAGGAUGGUACCGUGGUUGGCAGAUCGGAUGCUGUUGGCCCCAUGGAGCAGUGGGAGCCCGUUUUCCAAGAUGGGCGCGCGGCCAUCCUGAGCGCGCUCAACAAGUUCGUGUCUGUGGAGGAGGCGGACGACGCGCUGGUGGCGCGGCUGGCCGGCGCCGACGAGCGCGCACACUGCGCCGUGCGUUCGUCGCGCGCGCGCCCCCCGGCCCCCUCCGCCGCCGCCCCCGGCGCCCCCGCCGACUGCGCGGAAGACGCGGGCGACCUCGCCGCGCUCGAACUCAAUUACGUAAAGAAAUUUCAAAAGUUCCAAGACAAGAAGGUGCUGGUGGCGGCGGGCGGCGCGGCGGCGCUGGCGGCGGCGCGCGCGCGCGGCGAGCUGCACGGCGCGCUGCUGGAGCGGCGCGCGCGCAUGAAGGCGGACCGCUACUGCAAGUAGCCGCGGCUCCCCGCCUCCAAAUUAAACUUUGCUCCGCAAACAGUUGGAUCUUCUCUGUGACAUACGGAGCGGAGCAUGAGAUCCUUUAGAGAAUAAUACGUUUAAAUUUAAGAUUUGCGAUAAAAUCUGUUGUCUUUUCUUUCUUUUUUUUUAAAAAUAUUAGUCGAUU